AUGAGUCUUUUAGAUAUAGUUGCAUUUAGAUACCUCAAUGGUAUUAUAGCGAAAGAAAGUAUACCCAGUGCUGAUGACGAGGUGAGCAAUGAAGAUGUUAACCAGGUGGUAAUAACAUUCGUACAUGAAAUGGAUAAUCUUGGUUAUAUGGUAGACAGAGAGGUUUACGAUCACUUAUGUGACUGGAGCUCAGAGCAUAUUUCAAGUAUAUUAAACAUAGCCAAGGAAUCGGUAGGUGCAAACGUCGACCAUAAACCAAUGUACCCUAAUUUCCCAGAACAAGUCAUGGCGCUUUCCGAGACCGAAUUAUACUUCAAUGCUUUCAUACACUACUGGAGCAGAGGAAGAGUUUUUCCAAAUACAGAGGUAACUAAGACCAGGUCAUUCUUAGAUGAAGUGAAUAGAAAGACUCGCAUAAGUCUAGUCACUGAAGGCGAUCUCAAAGCAUUUUUCUUUACAUUACUUUCAUCUAAAACUUCGAUUCCUGAAAGCUUGAGAAGAUUUGUUGAACUUGGACUCUCUAAGGGAUGGCAAAAUGAAUUCACCCAAAAGAUACCAUUCAAAGAAACUUUAUGUCUUGUGGCAAAGUAUAAAGUGGAACAGGGUGAACCAAUUUCAAAUAUUGUAGAAACAACUACGGAUGUCCUAAGAAUCAUGGCGGCACUUUCCGACAGUGAUAUUGAAUUAAAGAGGAGAGUAAAAUUCAAGUCUAUGAAUAGAAAAACUAGAAGAUUUAUCAUUGGUGCCUUAGAAAGAGUGAUAAAUAUUGACGACGUCAAGAAGUACGAGAGGUUAUGGAUAAUAGCAUUCCAUUCGUUGCAUAUUAGUGAGUAUGGUGGAAGAUGUGCAAAAAUUGCUGCCCAAUUUCGUAAUGAAAGGAAUGUAAGAACUUAUGAUACGUGGGUUUCUGAGGAUAUAAAGAAUGGAAACGUUUUAAGAGCAGCAGAAACAUUAUCAAUGAAACCUUCAGUUUUCGCUCGAUCGCUAGAUAAACUUUUACGUGAUUCACUUGGAAAUAAGUCUUGCGAGACCAGAGUUUUGAGAUGUUUUGCUGGAAUAGCGGGUAAUAUUGAAACUAAAGUUAUGCUCCAGUUGUUGGGACAUUUCCUGAAUAGAGAUGUGGGGGACCUUGGUGAUAGAAUAGUCGUGACCGCUGGAACUAAAGGUAAGACGAUAAUUGUACCCAAAUUGGAUCCAUUGCCUACUGAAGUAGUCAAGAGAGUUCUAAUUAUUAUCAAAAUUGCUUUGGUCCACCAGUUCAAACUGAAAGAAGAUUUAUUCAAGGGAAAGUCUAGUGUAUUUAUCGAGCCUGAAGUAGAUGAUAUAUUGUUGCCACUCCAGUUAGCUUCAAUUUCAGAGACGAAGAGAACCAUAUCGCGUGGAUCCAGUCUACCACUUGAUAUGAUCCCAGAAGAUGCAGAGAAAAAAAUACUUAGACUUUUCGUAUAUUGGGUAGGACAGGAUAUAGAUUUGUCUGCAUACUUCACCAAUGAAGAUUUUUCAAAGACUAGCCAGGUUUCAUACACUAAUUUGAAAAAUUCCUUUGCAAGACAUUCUGGUGAUAUAACAAGAGCUCCAGACGGGGCAUCUGAAUUCAUUGAUAUCGAUAUGGGAUUAGCUCUAGAAGCUGGCCAUAGAUAUAUCGCAAUGGUUGCAUUUGUUUUCCGUGGACCAGCUUUUGUUUCACACAAGACUUGCUUUGCAGGAUAUAUGCUUAGAGAGGAAAUGCAAAGUGGUGAGGUAUUUGAGCCCUCCACGGUUCACAGGAAAUUCGAUAUUACUAGUGAGCUGAGAUCAACUAUCCCCUGCUUAUUUGAUAUGAAGGAGAGAAAAUUAGUAUGGCUAGAUUCUACAUUACCGAAUGGUGGGGUUAGUCUUAACAAUAUUCAUACGAAUGGGGGAGAAAUUAUGAAAUUCUUGCAAGCAUUUAUCUUAUUGAGGAAGAAAAAGGUUAGUGUUCCUGAGCUUGUUAAGUUACACAUGGCUUCUAAUGAGGGGAUUACAUUAAGCUCUAUUAAGGAAGAGGAUUCCUUUGUGGUGGGUCUAGGCGCAGGCGACCUUGACGUCAUUGAUUUCGCUGAGAUCAAUUCGAAGUGGAUAUAA